AUAGUUUCUGCAACAUUGAUAGCAAAAUGCCCUGUCGCAGCCAGUUCUGGCUGUGUCGAGUCCUCAUCUUUGCCUCGCUUUUGGCGGGUGCUACGGCAAGCCAUCCAAAGCUGCGAUAUGUCAUGUAUUUGACCGGACAGCACUACGUAGUGCCGGAGCAGCCGCUGGUCAAAGACGUCACCGAGGUAGCCCUUGCUUUCAUGCAAUCUGUAAUCUUCAACAAUCCCACGCAAAGCGAAUGGCCGCUCUUCACUACGAUCGAUGAAGUCAGACGUAAAUUUUCUCAAGGAACCAUCGUUCAGGUUGCCAUUGGCGGAUGGGGCGACACAGAGGGCUUCUCGGCCGGUGCAAAGACGGAAGAAAGCCGUAAGCUCUUUGCAAGCAACGUCAAAGCCAUGCUGGAUGCGACGGGCGCAGAUGGAAUCGACGUAGACUGGGAGUACGCCGGCGGCAACGGCGAAGACUACAAGCAACCAGGCCAUCUCAACAGCGACAAAGCCUGGGAAAUCGAGGCCUACCCCAAGCUCCUCGCCGCCAUCCGUGCCGCAAUUGGGCCCGACAAGACAAUCUCAGCUGCCGUUCCCGGCCUCCCACGUGACAUGCUCGCCUUCACUGCCGCCACCAUCCCCACCAUCCUGGCGUCCGUCGACUACUUGAACAUCAUGACAUACGACCUCUUCAACCGCCGAGACAACGUAACCAAACACCAUACCGGCCUGCAGCUCUCGCUCGACUCCAUCAACGCCUAUCUCGAUGCCGGGGUACCGCCCGAGAAAGCCAAUCUAGGCCUAGCCUUCUACAUCAAAUGGUUCAAGACAGCCCCAAACGCAAACUGCAGUACGACCCCCAUUGGAUGCCCUACAGAACUCAUGGAAGACCCCGUUACCGGCGCCGACCUAGGAAAAGCAGGUGCGUUCUCCUGGCACGAUGCCGUCCCCGCACAACUCUCGGCGUCGUUCCAGCGCGCAAUGGAAAAGGGCGUUUAUGACAACGUGGGCGGCGGACAUUACUACUGGGAUCAAGAGGCGAGGUUGUUUUGGUCGUGGGAUUCGCCCGACGCGAUUAAGCGCAAGAUGCAGAUUAUCAUCACGGACAAAGGGCUAGGCGGUGUUUUCGCCUGGGGAUUGGGAGAAGACGCACCCCGGUUUGAGCAUUUGAGAGCGAGCAACGAGAUGGUUGCGGUGUUGAAAGAUGGAGAUGAGAGGGAUGAGUUGUAGCAUUGCGCGUCCGGCUCUUGAAAGUUCUCGAUUCUUUUUCUUUCUUUCUUUC